UUCCAACCACAACCACUGCUGCUCCAUCCACAACCACAACUGUUCCAACCACAACCACAGCUGCUGCAACAACUACAACUAAUGCACCCACCACAUCCACAGCUGCUCCAACAACAACUACAGCUGCUGUCACAACAACCACAGCUGUUCCAAGCACAACAACAUCUGCUGCCACAACAACCACUGCUUCUUUAACCACAAACAAAGCUUCUCCAACUACAACAAUAGCUGCUCCAAGUGCAACCACAUUUGUUCCAAGCACAACCACAUCUGCUGUUCCCACAACCACAGCUGCUCCCACAACAACCACAGUUACUCCAACCACAACCACAGCUGCUCCAAGCACAACUACAGCUGCUGCCACAACUGCAACUGCAAUUCCAACCACAACCACUGCUGCUCCAACAACAACCACUGCUGCUCCAACCACAACCACAGCUGCUGCUACAACUGCAACUGCAAUUCCAACCACAACCACUGCUUCUCCAUCCACAACCACAGCUGCUCCAAGCACAACUACAGCUGCUGCCAAAACUACAAAUAUUGCUCCCACCACGACCACAGCUGCUCCAACCACAACCACAGCUGCUGUCACAACAACCACAGUGCAUCAAACCACAUCCACAGCUGCUCCAAGCACAACCACAGCUGCUCCAAGCAAAACCACAGCUGCUCCAAGCACAAGCACAGCUGUUCCAAUAACAACAGCUGCUCCCACAACAUCCACUCCUGCUUCAAUCAUAACCAAAGCUGCUCCAAUCACAACCACUGCUGCUCCAACCAUAACUACAUCUGCUGCCACAACUACAAAUAUUGCUCCCACCACAACCACAGCUGCUCCAACCACAACCACAGCUGCUGUCACAACAACCACCUGCUCCAACCACAGCUACAGCUGCUGCCACAACUACAAAUAUUGCUCCCACCACAACAACAUCUGCUCCAAGCACAACCACAUCUGCUCCAACAACAACCACAGCUGCUCCAAGCACAACCACAGCUGUUCCCACAAACACAGCUGUUCCCACAACAACCACUCCUGCUCCAAUCACAACCACAGCUGCUCCAACCAGAACUACAGCCACAACUACAACUGCAGUUACAACCACAACCACUGGAGCUCCAACUACAAUCACAGCUGUUCCCCCAACCACUGCUGCUCCUACAACCACUACAGCUGCUCCAAGCACAACAACAUCUGCUGCUACAACAACCACAGCUGCUUCAACCACAUCUACAGCUGUUUCUGUAACAAAAACAGCUGCAGACACAACAACCACUGCUGCUUCAGUCACAACCACAGCUGCUCCAACCACAACUACAGCUGA